CAAAAGCAUUUAACAGUAUUCCACGGACAAUGACACUUGGGCUGUCUGAGGGCUGAGCGCCGCAGAGAGAUCGGGGGGGAACCGUUCUGAACCUGCCAAAGCGGAGACCGCCGAGGAUACGGACGUUUGGGUACCGACCAAACAGAAAACUUCAAAGAGGGUGGCUUUGAAGAAAACAUGUAUCUGCGUUUGACGUCGACUUGGGACGUUACUCAGCCUUCAGGAGACCGGUGGUAUUGCCUCUUAGCUCAAAGACUGAUUGCAACUGCGGAAUGUAUGUUGACGAUCGCUGUUGGCAACUGAGGCGAGGAUGCAAACGGACUAUUCCGGACAAGGCUUGCAGAAAUUUCCAUUGAAGGAUCGGGACUGUUCCGGUUGCCUGUGAAUAGUUGGGCUGUCCUGAAACGAGGCUGACGGAGCAAACAUGGAUGUGUUUGGUGGUGCACCGCGCUUCCUGGCCUAUCCCAGACCGGUGGUGGUGCAGAGCGGAGCCGAUGCGGUCCUGAAGUGUCAGAUCGGUGGUGAUCCCAGACCUGCGGUUUUAUGGGAGAGGAACAAUGAAAAGAUCGACCUGCAAGGACGAUACAGAGUCUUUGAGGAUGGAAACGUUUACAACCUGAUCAUACCUGCAGUGGCCAUAGAGGAUAGCGGUCAGUACAUAUGCAAAGCCAAAAACAGCAUUGGCGAAACAUACGCAGCUGCCACACUGAAGGUGGAGGGUGAGGCGCAAGAGAUAGAGUUAAGAGAGGAGAACAAACCACGAUUCCUCAUCAAACCCUUAUCCACUCGUGUUGGACGCGGAGAAGACGCAGUCUUCUCCUGUAAGCUCUGGGGGAACCCGCGACCCGAAGUUACCUGGGAGAAGGACGGCAGGAAACUCAGCGAAAUAUUUGAAAGCACUCACUACAGUGUGAGUUACCAGGAUGGCGGCUGGUUCCAGCUCAAGAUCUCUAAGACUCGUGCGCCGGAUGGCGGCGUAUACACAUGUAAGGCGCGGAACGAGUCCGGGGAAGCACUGGCAGGAGCCGUGCUGCUUGUCGACGCGGGCCCCGGACACGAGGACGACGGGAACCGGAACGGCUACGCCAACGGCCACAGGAAAGCUCAUCAAGGAAAGCACAGGAGCAGCAGGCAGCUGUCCAAUCAACACAAAGACGAAACGACGACCAUGUCGACCAGGGUGAAGAUGUUUGCCGUGACAGAGGGCAAACAUGCAAAAUUCCGUUGUUUUGUGACUGGAAAACCCAAACCCGAAAUCAUUUGGAGAAAGGAUGGACGGCUCAUACUAUCUGGAAGGCGUUAUUUGUUAUACGAAGAUAGAGAAGGAUACUUUACACUCAAGGUUCGGUACUGCAAGCAGAAGGAUAACGGAGUCUACGUUUGUGCGGCGUCCAAUACAGCGGGCCAAACCCUCAGUGCGGUGCACCUCGCAGUAAAGGAGCCUCUUGUGCGGUUCAAACAGCCCCUCAUUGAUCUCGAAGUAUGGGAGCAGGACUUGGCUGUUUUGGAGUGCGAAGUUCCAGAAGACUCCGUUCCAAUCACAUGGUAUCUGGAGGAUCGACGACUACAGCCAGGAGCCAAAUAUGGAAUGGAGGAGUGGGGAACAAAACGCCGACUAACGAUCCGUGACAUCGGAGUAGAUGAUGACGGGAUUUAUCUUUGUGAGAUGCCUGAUGGUGGGAGAAGCAUUGCUGAGGUAGCAGUGAAAGGUCCAAUUUUGCGGAAGCUUCCAAGGAAAGUGGAUGUUUUGGAAGGGGAAAAUGCAGCUUUUUGCGUUGAGGUGGAAAAAGAAGAGAUGGAUAUACACUGGUACAAAGAUGGUGUUGAGCUGCGUGAAACACAUCAGACCAUCCUGAAAUCCUUUGGCCGAACUCAUAUUCUUGUCUUUGUUAAUACGAUGCCCAAAGAUUCCGGCCAUGUGAUAUUUUUGGUUGGCAGAUCUAAGACUUCCUCUCAACUAAGAGUGAAGGCGGCCAAAAACUGUCCUCCGAGUUGUCCAGUUGGAGUCCAGAUCAAUACAGAACGGGCAAACGCAGCACUCCUCUCAUGGACUCCAGCUCAGGACUCACGGAAGAACCCUCCAUCAGGCUAUGUAUUGGAGCGACAGGAAGUUGGCACCGGUUCACAGGAGUGGCUACAGUGUCUCACCACUGACUCAGCUACCUCAGUGGAGAUCCUUGGAGAUAGUGUGCCAUGUGAAGCCGAUUAUCGAUUUCGUAUUUGUAGUGUCAACAAAUAUGGAAAGAGCAACAACGUGGAGUUCCCCAGAGCAGUUCACUUGGUUCCAGUAGCCAGAAUACAAGCCCCCUUGCAGGACGCACUGGUGCCAGAAGGACAAGACGCAGUCUUUUCUAUUGAGUUAUCUGCUUCUGUUAUUGGAUCGUGGUUUUUAAAUGGUACACAACUUCAGGAUGAUGAACGUUUUUCCAUGCGUCGCUCGAGAACACAUCAGUCUCUUCGGAUUCAAGGAGUUCGAGACACAGAAAAUGGAGCCGAAAUAACAUUUAUUGCGUAUGGCAUUCGGGAUUCAGCAGCACUGUAUAUUCAAGCUCCUCUCGUCAAGUUUUCACCAAUGUCAGAAAUGGAUCGAAACAAAUUUGUAGAAAUUGGGAACCCGAUCGUGCUCUACUGUGAGCUCUCAGACCCUGUAACUCCAGUGAAUUGGUAUAAGAAUGGGGCCGAAUUACAAACAACAGACGGUCUUCAUAUCCAAUCGGAGGGUACCAUGAGGAGAAUUGUCAUUCAGUCAGCAGAAUUCUCACAUUCAGGAGUGUAUUGCUGUGAUGCCAUCGAUGACGUCAUCAGGUUCAAUGUGGAAGUAGAGGCUCCAUCUGGGAGGUUUUCAGCAAUUCCUGAAGCCGAGAGGAACAAAACCAUCUACGCCGGCAGCCCUAUUAUUUUACAAUGUGAGCUGUCAGACCAGGAUGCCCAGGUGCACUGGUACAAAGAUGGGGCAAAGAUCUUUCCUCAAAGUGGAGUAGAUAUUCAAACCGAUGGCUUGGUGAGGAAGUUGGUUAUUCCAUCAGCGGACUUUUACCACACGGGGUUGUACUGCUGCAAGACAAAGGGUGACGCUGUCACAUUCAGUCUGAACAUCAAAGCACCACCGUUGACAUUUGCAAACAUCCCGGAGGAGGAGCUUUUCAAGAGCGCUGUGGAAAAAUCCCAACUCGAUCUGUCAUGCCAGGUCUCACAGGUUGAUGGAGUUGUCAAGUGGUACAAAGAUGGAGCUGAAGUCCACUCAAACGACAAUAUAACAAUGCAAGCAGAAGGCACCCAAAGAACUCUCUCAAUCCUUUCAGCCCAACUCUCGGACUCGGGCACGUACACAUGUCGUGCAGGAGAUAACACAAUAAUGUUUAAGGUGAACAUACGAGAACCUCCGGUAAUGAUAAUUUACCCGAAGGAAGAUGUCCACCUUGACCGGCAUGUACCCGAGGAAAUUAUUCUCAGCUGUGAACUCUCGCGUUCGAAUGGCAUAGUGAGCUGGUACAAAGAUGGCCAAAAGCUCCAGGACAGCGAGAACAUUAAGCUAAAGAUAGAAGGUCCUUAUAGACGACUGAAGAUUCUGACAUGUGGAGUCGAGGAUUCUGGAGAAUACGUCUGCGAUACAGCGGAUGAUUCAAUAUUCUUUAACCUCGGUAUUACAGAACCUCCAGUACGGAUUGUGUCGCCAAGUCAGUCUCAAAUGGAACUGUGCCAACAAACAUCAGAGAGGAUGGUUCUGAGCUGUGAGAUCUCACGACCGCAUGCAGUGGUCCGUUGGUAUCGAGACGGACUUGAAGUAGAGGAGAGCGACAACCUCAUACUAGAGGUGGAUGGAGUCUACAGAAGGCUUAUUAUACCUGAAACAACUAUUAAAGAUUCUGCAGAAUAUGUCUGUGACACAAUAGAUGACUCCAUGACAUUCUUUGUAAAUAUAGCCGAGCCUCCUGUCCGCUUUGUUCGUCCACGAAAGACAUUGAGCAGGCUGGAAAAAGUGGUUGGAGAAACCUUGGUUUUGGACUGUGAGGUAUCCAGACCUAAUGCUGUAGUUUUCUGGAAGAAGAAUGGAGAAGAAGUGGAAGGUUUAGCAACUGUCACCAUAGUUGAAGAUGGUGUAUUGCGUCAAUUAAAAGUUCACUCACUAACACUAGAAGAUGCAGGAAUAUAUGUCUGUGAUGCAAAAGAUGAUGUCAUGGAUUUCCAUGUAAAAGUGCAAGAGUUGCCUGUAAGAAUUAUUGGAAAAACAGAAGCAAAAACCGAAAAGCAAUUUUUAGUGUCUGAUGACAUUAUUCUAGUAUGUGAACUAUCCAGGGCAAACGCAUCCGUCCGCUGGUACAAAAAUGAUCAGCCAAUUGAUGACAGUGAGCAAUACUGUAGUGAAGAGCAGGGUGUUUUCCGUUCAUUGGUAGUCCUAAACGCCUCGCUCGAUGAUUCAGGAGAGUACACUUGUGAUGCACUGGAUGAUAAAAUGGUGUUCCAUAUCACUGUUGCAGAGCCUCCAGCUAGGAUCAUUGGAAAUUCUGGCCACCCAGAGCAUCAUAUAUUACUUACAGGAGAAGAACUUAUUUUAGAGUGUGAGGUGUCUCGGCCCAACGCCACUGUUCAGUGGCUAUGGAAUGGCAAGAUAUUGAAACCAGACACUCGUGUCAAAAUUUACAGCCAUGACGUCAUGAGGAAGCUUGUUCUCUCUGGUCUUGAGCCAUCAGACUCUGGAAAAUAUGUUUGUGAUGCCAUAGAUGACAAACUGAUCACAAUUGUUAAGGUCCAAGAAGUACCGGUAAAGUUUGUGAAUAAAAAGGCAAAUAAUAAAAUCUUUGCCUAUGAAAAUGAGAGUACAACACUAUGCACUGUGGUGAACCAAGACAAAGCUAAUGUGCGGUGGCUGAAAGAUGGCCAACUACUGAACAAGGACAACAUUCACAUCUCCAGUGAGGGCAAUACCCACAAGCUCACUAUUAAUCCCCUGCAGCUGUCAGAUUCUGGAGACUAUGUCUGUGAUGCAAGCACAGAUGAGAUGUAUUUUAGUCUUUUUGUCAAAGAAAUGAAGGUGAAAUUUAUCCGACUGCUGGAGAACGUUGAGUGUUUGAAAGGCGGUAGCCUCACAUUACGAUGUGAGAUCAAUAAGCCAAAAGGAGAUGUCCAGUGGCUGAAGGAUGGCCAAGAAAUCUUGCCAAGUCCUCGUUACAGAAUAAGGGCACAAGGUCGGGAGCGAAGUUUUACUGUCCAUGAACUAUUGGAUGAUGACGCUGGUGAAUACGCCUGCGAAAGCACAGAUGACAGAACCUCAGCUGUUGUCUCGGUUAACACUCCCCGAGUUGUGGAAUUCAUAGGGGAACUUCACAGCGUUACUGUUUGUGAAGGAGAAGAUGCAGUAUUUAAGUGCAUGAUCUCACCAGAAGACGUUAAAUUGGUGUGGUGCCUGAAUGGCAAACAGGUAGCCAUGAAGGAGCGCACUGUUGUUUCCAGCAAUGGACUAUGCCACAUGCUCUGUAUCCAUAACUGCAUGGUUUCAGAUAGCGGCAUAGUGACAGCUGAUGCAGAGGGAUUGGUAUCAAAGGGCGAACUCCAGGUUCAAGAACAACAGGUGAUGUUCACCAAGAAAAUGGCACCGCUUACAUGCGAGGAAAACAGUGAGGCAACACUGGAAGUGGAGGUGAGCCUAGAUUCAAGUGAAGUGCAGUGGAUGAGGCAAGGAGUUCUGAUCCACCCGGGGCCCAAGUACACCCUGAAACACAAGGGCCCUAAGCACAGCCUCACUAUCCACAAACUCGCCAAGUCUGACCAGAGCACCUAUAGCUGUGAGACCCUUCAUGACCGCACGCAAGCCCAGCUCACUGUGGAACGUCGAAAAAUCACAAUCAAGAAAGGCUUGACUGACGUAAAAACCAUGGAGAGAGAAACCAUCUCCUUUGAAGUUGAACUGUCACAUCCCAGCGUGCCCAGCACCUGGUGGAGAAAUGGAAUCCAGCUUAAGCCAUCAAAUCACUUUCGAAUGAGCGCCAAGGGACAAGUCCACAGCUUGACUAUUUCAAACCUCUCAGUGGAAGACACUGCCACCUUCAUGUGCUGUGUGGAUAAUCUGAGGACAUCAGCAAAGCUUGUCGUCAAGGAGCAUCCAGUGACAAUUUUGAGAAAACUAGAGGACCAGAAAUUCCCUGCGGCAUCAACACUCUCCAUCGAGUGUGAGCUUUCAAGGCACAAUGUGGACGUGAAAUGGAUGAAGAAUGGCAGCGAGGUGAAGCCCGGCAAAAACGUACGCAUUUAUUCAGUUGGACGGAAGCGAUUUCUUCAGAUUACAAAAUGCCAUGUCUGUGAUUCUGGCGUGUACACCUGUGACACCGGAGACGUGACGACAUGCUGCACAGUGGAGGUCUAUGAACGAGAGCUGGAGAUCCUGCAAGCCCUGGAGGACGUCAGCAUCCUGGAAGAUCAGAAUGCUGUAUUUGUAUGUGAGAUCUCUCUGGAUGAUGUGCCGGGGGAAUGGUACAAGAACAGGGAGAUGAUACAACAAACUAGUACCAUCAAGAUCCGCCAGGAAGGGACCAAACACUUUCUCCUAAUGUGCAAUGUGCGGCCCGAGGACUGUGGUGAGAUUAAAUUUGUGGCCAGACAUGUGCACUCUGUGGCUCAGCUGAAAGUAACAGAGAUUCCCGUCAGCAUUGUGAAACCCCUGCAGGAUAAGACCGUUCCGGAGACGAGCCGAGUGGUCUUGGACUGCACCGUGUCCAACCCGAGAUGUAGUAUUCGAUGGUACAAAGGGAGUAACGUCAUCUUGCCUUCGGAACGCUUCGAGAUCAGCAGCGAGGGAGGCUAUCGCAAGCUAAUCAUCCAACAGGUGGCGGUAGCUGACGAAGGCACCUACAGUAUGCAGGUCGGGGAAUAUACAUGUUCUGCAAAACUUACCGUGGAACGUAAGACUAAUCAUGAUUAAUUGAUGUAUAUAUAUAUAUAUAUAUAUAUAUAUAUAUAUAUAUAUAUACAUACACAGUGUAACUGCACUAUAGAAUACUGACAUAUGUCUGUAAUAUAUUUGUUUCUUUAUUUAGUUCCUUUAAAGAGUAUUUUUGGCAUUGUGUGGGUGUACCUACCGAAGGGGCCUGUGCAUGUUGAAAUAGUUGUUACUGUACUAUACUGGUGUACUCUGAAUUCCUCCAAAUAACACAGCAUUGCUUUCUCUGUUGAAGUAACACAUGAAAUAUGAAAAUAACGUGGUCAAAGUUAGAAAUCAGAGCCGUGUAGAGCGAGUAUGGUCAACUCAGAUUUAAAGUUAGUAGCUAACAUGACGCCUAUAGUCACAUUAGGGGCUUUUGGACCAAUCAUUUAGGAGAUCCUCUGACCAAACUCUCUAUGAUUGGUCAAAAGCUCUUCACGUGAGAACAGGACGCCAUGUUUGCUACCGACUUUGAAACUGGGACGAACAUACUGUUAGAAAUAACAUUGCCCCGCCUUCUUUAGACAUUUAACAUGAACUCAGUAGUUGUCUUAUAUACAUUGAUACAAAUAUGUGCAUACCGUAUAUAAAGAGCCUAACAGCCUUUUACACGGGCCACUAUGUCAUCGUGGAAAAAUUAAAUUGCAUUAUUAUAUUAUGAAGAGCCAAAUAUUUACACACAUUUCAGUACAAUGUUAAGUCGAAUGUAAAAUAUGUUGGCUUCACUGUAUUUUCUUUCAUUUCGUGGGCGGAUGGGAGUUUGGAACGUCCCCAAACGCUGAUACGCCAAUUUGGAGGAAGUGUAACAAGUGGUUUAUUGACAAAAAAUAAAUACUUUUUUUUAUACAA